CCCCUUAUAUUCAAAGUAUUGUGCAAUACUGAAAAUAGCGGAACCGCUGCAGUUAUUUAAAUUAUGUUUAUUAUAGCAGUUUAAAACUAUUUGAACACUUUAAUUUGGAUAAUGGACGAGCUAGAAACGAAGAAAAGACGUGUAGAGACUGAGGAAUUAAAUAAAGAAAAGAAGUGUAAAACUGAAAGAAGCUCGGAUAAACAAAAAAUCUCGGAUAAGGGAGAAAACUCGAAAACAGACGUUGAUUGUGCAAUAAGUAAAAAUGGCGCGAAAUCGCUAUCCUGGAGAGAAUUGCGCGCUGAAAAUUUGGUCUGUGACUACUGUAUGUUGUUUAAUAAAUCUCAGGCAGACGACAUUUUUGAAGAAUGUGAAAAAUUACUCACUUACAACGAUGGAAAACUUGCACAAAUUAAAUUAUAUGGGAAAUGGAUCAACAUUCCUCGGAAACAGGUACUAAAAGGGUCAAUAUAUCAAAUUAAAUAUUAUACCUCUGUGCCAGCAAGGCCUUGGACACCUUUCUUGGAAAACAUAAGAGACAUAAUUUCUGAUGCCACCGGUUUUGACUUCAACUUUGUUCUUAUCAAUAGGUAUAAAGAUGGACAUGAUUAUAUAGGUGAACACCGAGAUGAUGAGAAAGACUUAGUGAGUGGCCAUCCAAUAGCCUCACUUUCGCUUGGGCAGCCCAGAGACUUUAUUUUCAAGCAUGCAAGUGCACGAGGAAAGAAUGCAACGUGCAAAAUAGAUCCCGUGAAGCUAGAGCUAGAGCACGGCAGUUUAUUGGUGAUGAAACAUCCAACAAACAUUUACUGGUAUCACUCUCUACCGCAGAGAAAGAAAUUGACCCAAGUUCGUAUUAAUAUGACCUUCAGAAAAAUGGUUGUGAAAUAGUUAAAAGGUGUAAAAAGAAAUUGCUUGGUGUACAUGCUUUCUUUGUACGUCAUUUGUACAUUUUUUUGUAUUACUGGAGAAGUUAUUCUUGUUUAUUAUUCUAAUCUAUGAUUGUGAAGAUACUCAACUCAGUAUUAGAUUUUAUAAAUUUGUUUUACUAUCCACAAAUCGAGAAACAUUCUGUCGAGCACCUUCCCAAUUUGUAAAUUGUUUUGUAUAUUAUAGCAGGAAAAGAAAAAAAAAGAAAAAGUCCUUCCUUUUUGAUUUGUUGAAAAGGUGAGAGUUUUUUUGUAAAAAUAAAAUUUUGAAAUACCCUCUUAUACUAUAUUGUAUGACAAAUGCGUUAUUUGAUUGUCUUCCUUGAGUGAGUGAGAUUACUUACACAGGACAUACGACAAAAUUGUGUUAAAAGAUAUAGAAAAAUGAGAUGCUGAAAAGAGGAAAUUGAUAGGAUAUACAUGUACAUGUGUUUUGUAAAAUAUUUAUAACACUAGAUGGGUUUAACCGGAAAACACGAGGAUAUGCCAUGCUUUAUGUGAAAUGAGGGUGGUCUCUAAUGUUUUCUGUGAUGAUGAAAAAAAUCGGGUACCGAAGGUCUACUCUUGCAUAUUAUUACAAAUUCAAGUUCAUUUAUUUAAAAGGGAUUUGUACAUGUAUAAUUAUAUAUAACUAUGUAGCAAUGAUAAAAAUGGACGUACUUACGAAAAUAAAAAGAAAAUAAAUAAUUAUCUGGUGACUAUAAUUGGAUCUAAUAAAUCUCGAAAUGUUUUUGAGUGUACACGUUUCAGUAAGACACAUAGCAGUAUUAUAAACAUGUAACAAAAAUGUCUAUGUCUUUUACGAAGCCAGUUCAACAAUGGAAGUUGUAUCAUAGUUUGGGGACCUUUCUGUUGAAAAAGUGUCAGAGUUAAAUCGUAUACAUAUACAUGCACAGUGCGGUAACUGGAGUGCGGGUAUCAGUUACCCGCACUCCAGAUACUGCCCGUUGAUUGGUUCAUUUUUGCUGGGGUUUACAUAUUGUGACGGCAGAGAAAGGGAAAGGGGCAGAAAUAUCAUAUUCAAAUGCUCGUUCAUUGGUUAAUUUUUUCUGGGGUUUCAUAUUAUGACAAAAGGGAACGCGCUGUCAUG